GCUACAUUCGGGAACGAGUACCGUCACAGUCAAACUUGACUUGGAGCCUGAGCAUUAAAGAAGAUUUUACCAAAUGGCCAAAAACGAAGCUAUCUUCAUGGGUUCCGAUCCACCCUCCACACACCAUCCCCACUCUUUCAAUCUCACUACCAGUGGCGACAAUACCAAAAAUAAUACCGAUACAGACACUGACGUUGUGAACUGUUCCUCUUGCUCUCUUCAACAGCCUUCUUCAUCGUGCGAUGCCACAUGCGAGGAUGCCUGCUUCAUAUGCAAUGCAGCGCAGCAACCCCCUCUUGAAUCUUGUACCAAGAAUUGCAUCCUCCUCUGUGAUAAUGAUUGCAAUCAGGAAAACAUCUGUUCCGAUUCCGAUUGUGAUGCCCUUAUGAAUUUACCCGAUCUUAAUUUUAAUUGGGAGGGGUGGGCUUGUUUUGAUCCUUCCUGCGCACAGGCGGAUGAUAUGCUGCUUGAUUGCUGCUCGACGUCUCACGAUGACCUUUUCCCUCAAGCGUUGAACCCCUGUUGGAAUACAUCUGGUGGUGUUGGUGUCGGCAUCGGAGAAAGCGCAGAGAUGCUAUCUUCUCUGCCUUCUUUACAUCUUUCAGCCUCGGGGUCGUUAUCUUCGCCGCCAAAUCCAUUGGACAAUGGGACGAUCACGCCCAGGAAUGCUACAUCCGUCGAGCAACUAACGAUGGCUCAAUUGGACAAUGCGUUAUUACCUUCCAGUUCUUCCACAAAUACGCACAUGGCUAUGGCGCCAGCAUCAUCCAGGACUCGUCACCCUAGCGCCACUGUAAAUCCAGGGUCACUGUGCAAUUUUGUCUCAGGCGACUAUCCCCUGAGUUCUCAAGGGGGUACGAUCUGUCAGUGUAAAUGGACGAACUGUAAUCAGAUCUUCAUGAAUGUACAUGAACUAUCUCAUCAUGUUCACAGCAAGCAUAUCCCCCUUCCGUCCAUGGCUUCCUUUGAUCCCUCUUUCUCCACGGCCGACGCCGCAGGUAGUACCACAAACACAAGCACCCUUAGCGCCCUUUACCACCGCGAACACCCAUGCGAAGAAAUUGUUAAUUGGACUCGACCCAAUGCACCUUUCCCAUAUCCAGUGUCUGCUCAAAGACAUCCCGUUGACGAGAAGCACUCCUCCACGCACGCAGAACAUCACCAUCACCUUUCGGACCCGCCUGCAGCGGCAACUUCACAUCAUCAUCAUGCUCCAUCAUACUCAUCCUCGUGCCAUUUCCGAAGCCGCCCUCAUUCUCGUCCUCCCCAGCUCCAUCAUCCGUUAAUACCCUCACCACCUCCUUUAAUGUCCUCACCUCCGUUUUCGUAUACAUCACCCGAAGUUCCCUCUACCCCAUCUUUGUCAAGUGUGGAUGGGGAUCUUGAAGCAAAGUAUUCGUCCGAGAUCAGCUUAUUACCCACUCUACCUUCCUCACACGAUCAAUCCGAGUCUCACUCUUCGCGAUCCCCUCACUCACAACUGCCACCUGAAUCUCGGCAAUCAGAAAGUGACCCGCAAACGCAACAGCAACAGCAACAGCACCAGCACAUAUGUCGAUGGAAAGACUGCUCAGAGGCCUUUUCCAGUUCUUUACUUCUUACGGAGCAUUUGACGUCGGUGCAUGUGGGGUCCGGCAAGAAUAUCUAUGAGUGCUUUUGGGGGGGAUGUGACCGGAACAAUUCGGGUUCUGCUGCUCACUCUACUUCUCUUGGCGAUGAAGGAGGUGGAGAAGGUGGGAAGGGUGAGAAGAAGGUGAGCGGUAGACAAGGUGGAAGCGGUGGAAGUGGAGGUGCACUCAGCAGUAAACAGAAGAUUCUACGACACCUUCAGACGCAUACGGGGUACAGACCUUUUAGGUGUGAAAGGUGCGGCCAGUGCUUUUCGGAGGCUGCUACGCUGCAGCAGCAUAAGAGGAGGCACACCAAUGAGCGUCCCUUCGUCUGUGACGAACCGGGAUGCAGUAAAUCCUUUGCGAUCGCUGGUGCGUUGACGAUUCACAAGAGGACGCAUAACGGACAUAAACCGUUCAAGUGUACACAUUGUGGGAAAUGUUUUACGGAGAGCUCGAACUUAGCAAAGCAUAUUCGAACGCAUACUGGUGAUAGACCGUACGUUUGUUCCGAAGCGGGAUGUGGCAAACGGUUUGCAAGACCAGAUCAGCUCACGCGACACGGAGCGGUUCAUCGGAAAGCCAUAGCAGUGUCUCCCUGCUUCCCAUCUGCCAUGGCCUCUCCGCCACCGGAGUCCGAUCUCUGCACCAAACUCUGAUCCUGACUCGUAAUAGAAACGGUAGCAACGUCCGAGGGUUUGGUGAAAAAAUCAGCUGCUGUCGCUGAGUGGUGGUAAUGGCAAGGACGUACAGAUCGAUGCUAUUGCGAAGGUUUUUAAGGAGGCAAGUUUGCUUACCACUCACGGCUGGAUUUAGAGUCAGAGCAUACCGCGUUGGGAGAUUGGGAAAAACAAGCAUUGGAGCGGUCCAGAAGCGAAAAUCUGACGUUACAUUGUUCGAUACGACAAGGUUUAUACCUGUCCAUAGAGCUUCUACCUUUUCCUUGGUGAUUUGUAUGUGCGUUCUGACAUGUUAUGAUCGACAGUGUUGCU